UCACUUCAACUUCGACUUCAAGUAGCCCAACGCCCCAAGCAAAAUUUCCACAAUCGCCUGAACAUGCCUGCCUACAGAAGAACGUACCCUAUCGGAAUCUUUUUCUCUCACAACCAGACAUAGACCACUGGAAGCAACCCAGCUCCCCAGGCCACGUACAGGUAUAAUUAGUCUGAGGUUUUGCGAUCGAGAUCUGGUGCCGUGGCGUUAAUGGACUUCCUGCCGAACCCGGAGAGUCCUCGGUCGAACAACAGCGGGGGGAGCAGCCCCAACUGUAGCCCCAAGAACUUGGUGUCGGUGGCGUCGUUGUCGUCGUCGGCGGCCCCGGCGGGGGUUGCUUCUUCUUCUUCGUCGUCGUCGUCUUCUUCUUCCACCUCCUCGGCGGCGGCGGGGGCGGCGGCGCCUUCGCUGAGCCGGUACGAGUCGCAGAAGCGGCGGGACUGGAACACGUUCGGGCAGUACCUGCGGAACCACCGACCGCCGCUGUCGCUGUCGCAGUGCAGCAGCGCGCACGUGCUGGAGUUCCUGCGGUACCUGGACCAGUUCGGGAAGACCAAGAUCCACUCGCACGUGUGCCCCUUCUUCGGCCACCCCAACCCGCCGGCGCCCUGCCCCUGCCCGCUCCGCCAGGCCUGGGGCAGCCUCGACGCCCUCAUCGGCCGCCUCCGCGCCGCCUACGAGGAGAACGGCGGCCGACCGGAGACCAACCCCUUCGGCGCCCGCGCCGUCCGCCUCUUCCUCCGCGAGGUCCGCGACGUCCAGUCCAAGGCCAGAGGGAUCAGCUACGAGAAGAAGAAACGCAAGAAACCGCCGCCGCUUCCUCACCACCACCACCAGCACCAAGAUCCUCCCCUUCCUCCACCGCCCGGCGCCGCCACCGCCUGAUCCUUCACAUAUCAUCACGUGUUCCCUUCCUCCUCCUCCUCCUCCUCCUCCUCCUCAGAUAUGCUCUAGAUUUCUGCUUGUGUGUGCCUAUUUAAUCAUCUCUAUGCCAUCGAUUGAACAUAUUUUUUCUUGAACAACUAUUUGCUGCAAUAUAUUUUAUUAUUAUUCAUCAUC